AUGUUGUGUCCAAUAGAAGCUGAAUCACUGAUUCAAGAGUUGCAAAACGAAUCGAUUUUAAGUGAUGUGAUUUUGAAUCAGGCGUUGGAGGCUGCUAAAAGGGAUGCUGAGCAGCAAAAUCGUAGCAGGGAUGCAUCGCCAUGUCGCGAAAGUGAAGAAAUUAGGUUAGUGGCGAAUGCAGAUCAGAUAACACAAGACUCACGCGAUGAUUCACGUGAAGUAUCACCGCCUGCAUCAACGCACAAGAUUCGUCGCCGUACAGCUACACCAAGUGAAUUACUGUAUCCGCUGAAGGAAUCAUUGCAAAGUCAGGUUGCUGAUAAAAUGCAUUUGGAGCAACUCAACGAAGAAAUUCCAUGUCUGGACCAACAAAUUGUUGAGAAAAAGCGAUCAAUAGAAUCUUCUGUUGAAAAAGGACGACUUUCAGACCUAGACGGUGUAAGUAAUGUGAAUAUGGAAGCGAAAAGUGAAGUAACGAAAUUAAUAGAUCUGGAUUUGGAUGAUCGAGGUUCCACUGAGUCACCGUCAUCUGGUCGUAGUAGUCGAAGAAAAUCGGGCCGUAUAUUACCGUAUGUUUCUCGGACGUUAACAGGGACUCGUGAUAAAGUAACAGCUUCGCGUUUGCUUGUACGCACACAUACCUUGGAUGGACAUACUAGAACGGUACUUUCGGUGGACACUAAUGGUAGUGUGGUAAUCAGCGGCUCAAAAGAUAGGACAGCGAAAGUAUGGGAUUUGGAAAAAGGUGUUGAGAAAUAUACGUUUGGUCACCAUCCGAACAAUGUAUCAUGUGUACGCUUCAUUCCUUCCAGCCAAUUAGCCUUGACUUUGUCUAUGGCAUUUGUUCGUAUUUGGGAUUUGAGAAAUGAGGAAUGCGUACGUACGCUACAUUCAUCAGGUCUUGCAGCUGCAGGUGAUACUAUGGCUGCGAAUACACCUCGACAAACUGUAUUACCCAUCUCUGAAACAAUGAUCAAUGCACUGGAAUUGGACAACACGGGAAAAUCGGAGGUAUCAUGCCUUGGAUUUUUGGGUGGCAUAAAACCGAGAAUUUUCACUGGCUCUCGUGAUCACUACGUUAAAAUGUAUGAAAUUAACGCUGAUGGAUUAGGUCUCUUCGAAGCUUCGCAUGAAUUUUCGGCAGCUCAUUAUGAUUGCGUUACGUCCAUUGUUGCUUACGGUGAUUCCGUAUUUUCUGCUUCUAGAGAUACGGAUAUUAUGCGCUUCUCAUUGCAAGAUAUGAAGAGGGAUCAUAUUGAAUUACAGGCACAUAAUAAAUGGAUUCAAUCCAUGUGUAUUCUAGAUACAUACAGACCUUUAUUAGUUACAGCUUGUAAAGAGGGUCGAGUGAAAGUAUGGGAUAUUACGAGCACCCGUAAAUUACGUCUCGUUGAUCAGAUUUCCCAUGCUCACGAGGAAGCGAUCAACGAAUUAGCGACCCACUCAGGCAUUCUUUUUACUGCUUCUAGUGAUACAACUGUCGCCCUUUGGCAGUCUAAUUAUGAAUGA